UGUCAAAAAAUGUCUGACCAAUAGUAGCGCGCGCUUAACAAUAACAACGCGAAGUGAUUAUUAUAAUAUUUAAUAUUAAUAUGCACAUAUUUUGUCAUUGUCUCGAUCUAGUUACCUAGUUUUAAUCGUCGUAUAAUUUUAAACGAAAGUACCUACUCGAUAAAAAUAUUUUUUUUUACGUCCCUAUCGUUCCGACAGCCGCGGAACUUUCAGCGGUUCGACUACACGCUACGAGUUCGCCUUCGAACGCCCGGUCAAACCGGAUCGCGCAUUUUCAACUGUAAUACAGAAUUUGGAAGUUGCGGAACGACUACCCAAGGUCUACCGCAUUUGCGAGAAACGUGUUUCGUCCCCGGUAGUUUUCGCAUUCCGUUUCUGCGACGAGUACGUAGGUAGUCUUAGACCGUUUGAAUUUUUUUCCCCUUUCAGUUCCGUUUCGGUUCUCGUGCUUCUGACCAUAAUCACUGGGUGUUUUGGUAAGCCCUGUAUGUAUUAAGUCCCUAUAUCGGAUCGCGAUUAUGCGCGCAGUCGGCCGCGACGCACUAUUAUCAGAAAAGGAGAUUCUGCUGUUUACCGCAAAGACCGAGGCUACCUCAGUUCGAUCCGGAUCAUGGAAAACGAUUGGGGACGGGCGAAAUCCCUUUCGCUGGAGGAAAAGAAAUACCUGUUGACUGUGAAGAGAGGAGACGUGGCCAACGUGCAGAGGUGAGUUUUUUCGGAUUAAUAAAUCCCGACGAGGGGAAAUAUGUAUGCGCAAUUCAUAUUUUAGACAGAACCGAAUCCAACUGCAUAUACUGAAUAGUUACAAUUACCUAAUGGGAAAUAUACCUAUCCCCUAACCCCUGAAAUAUCAGGAAAACCAAGAAUGGGUUAGGACAUGGCACUAGGAUGGGUAGUAGCCGAGUAUAGACCACCGAUUUACGUUACUGGAAAUUUAAAAGUAUUUCUGGGUGUUUUAGUUAAUGUUCAGCUGUAAAGUGUAAAUUAUUUGCAUAAACGAAAACGAUUCCGAGUGGAACAGCUCAGUUAAACAGAUUUGAAAUGCCAUAAAUUAACGGUGUAUUAGUUUAAAUACAUUUUGGUGUUGAAAUUUUCGACUUCCGUCAACCUGUUGAUGAGAUAUUCCACUUUUAACAUUAGUAAGGGGAUUGGUAGCAAGGGCAUCUACAAGAGGGGUGAGGGGGACAACUCCCCCUAGGUUUCCGGCAAGUUAAAAUAAUUUUAUCAAAAUUCAAUAUCUCAAAAUCCCAAAAUCCAUUAUUGGUAUUAAGGUGUAUUGAUAUUUGUCAAUACUUUAUCAAUACACCUGUAUGGUACCUAGUCGGUAGGUAUAUUUCACGAUAAUAGAAUUGCACUCUAUGAUUUGAAGUCGGUACCAAGCACUACAGCCGAUUAUUUGUGGAUAGUCGACUUGCUGUUAUUUAAUAUGUGAGAAACGUUUAUCUGGAUUAUGUAUGUUAAGUUUACAUAAGAAAAAUUUCGAAAAACUUAGCAGAAAAAGUUGUUGAUGAAUUCGGGUGAAAUAAAAUUGCAGUACGUGUUUAAUUAGCUACUAUAAGUUGAAAAUCCGAUAUUAUACCAUAAUACCUUUAUAAAUCUUUGAAAAUACAUAUAAUACAUUAAUAAAAGGUGUUUGAUUAUUCAUACAAAUUAAGGCUGUCCCCCCUGAAGUUUCGCUUCCGCGCGCCUUUGACUGACAGUGGUGACAAAGCACGCGCCGUUCAUUAACGAGUGAAUCCGCUUAAAUGCGGAGGGAAUGAAAUGUCGGAACGUCGACAAAUAUUUCACGUAACUAACUGCUGGGCGGACGAGGUUCGCGUUUUUUUUAAAAUAAAGUGAAGCGCGAAUCUUUUAGAGCAUUUUGACAGACAAAUCGUUUUCCGAAAGAGAAAAAAACCGCGUCCUAUCGGAACUAUAAUAGAAUCCACUCGGAAAUCGAAUAACAAUAAGAAAUCGUACCACUUGUGAAACCCGGUGUGAUUAUAGGUUAUAGCCUAUAGGCAUUGAAAACAAAUUAAAAAAUGGAGACCUUUUUUUUUUUUAAAAUUUAUGUCGAACUUCCAUCCAGACUCUUUUUUGCUGCGCGUUCGUUCCUGUAAACGGACUGGUACCUAUACGUACAGACACGCCGAAGACCUUGGAAUAAUAAAAUAUUGUUGUCGGGAACUCGGUAUAACUGUCGUAACUUGGAAUAUUUCGCUGCGCGGUAGGCGACAAUAAUCAUUAUCCUAUGUUGCAUUUCGAUUAUGACUCCGACGAUCACUUCAGACACGCGAACGAACGAAACGGAUCGUUUCGCGACACACACGUGACACGUCUCGCGGUUUGACGGUGUCGCGUUUUUCACGCCCGCAAACACGACGACCCCGAACAAACUUUAAUAAUAAAACAAAACGAGUAAAAACGUUUUCGCGCCUCGCGCGUUAUGCACGCGACGAUACCCGACGUGCCCUUGUCGGGUUUAAUUCGUUUUUUUUUUUUAAGGAUACCGCUCGCGCGUUUAACAGUUACGAUAUCAUCGACGAUUUAAAUGAAAUCGUUAUUUAUUAUUGCGAUUCUAGUUCAUUGCGUGGUGCACGCGGGCGAAAACCAUAUUGAUAUUAUAAUUAUGGAAUACAAACUCGUAAACCUAUCGGUUAUACCUACAACCUACUAUCGUAUAUUGUUUACCGUCAACGUGGAGUAGGCAAAUGAAAUACUUUGGUAUAAUGAGUUCACGGUGAAUACACCAAAUAUUAUGAUUGUGAAUGCGGCCAGACGCAGUGGCGUGCCCAGGCCCAUUUUUAACGGUAAAAAAAUGGUAAAAAAGAACAUAAUCAUAAAUAUAUCGCAGUUUUCUUAGUCAUUAUCCAAUUAGACAAUGAGAAUUUAGAAGCCCGUGCCAAAACCCUAUAUUCAAUCAAUGAAUCAAACUUUUUCCUGUUACUUGUAAUGUAUACAUUUCAAUAUUAAAUUACUAAAUAAGCACUGACAAGUACUGAUAAGUAUUAAAAAUACCAAUGCGUGGGAGGGGGAAUAUGAUACCUAAGUAGUAAGUAACUACCUAUUAACAAGGAGACAGUUGUCCAAUAUUGACGGCCAUAUUGAAUACUAUAUUUGUUGUGUGGAUUAUCGUUUGUAACAUUUGAAAUACCUAUUUGUUGGUUAAUAAAAAUUGACAAAACGUUACUCACUUUGUUCAUUAAAACAUUUUAUUAUUUAACGGUUUAAAAUAUUUUUUAUUGAUUUGAAAAGAAAAAAGAAAAAAAGAUGGACAUACUUCGCACCACGGCUGGGCCACUGUUGUAGGCGAGAAGUUGGGAAGGUAGGAUAUAGGGGGAAAUUUAAUUUAUAUGUGUAAGCAAUGAUAAACCAUUGCUAACGAAAAUUGAUUUGGAGUAUAGUUCGGUUAUACGGUCAUGUUUUGAAAGGUUAUAGUAUUUACGAUUUUCGUUAAAAUUUGAUAUUAAAAUAUUUAUAAAAUAAAACUCGCAAAAAACGUCUAUAAUUAGUUUAAAAACGGUUCAAAUAUUUUUAACAUUUUACCACGUCUAGAAAAGACGAAUACCAGUUUUGUGUUAAAAUUUUAAGUCUAUACGAAUUUUUUUAACUGAAUUAAAAAAAAAUUGAAAAUAAUAAAUAUUGUACAUUCUCCCACGUUUUUUAUACGUUUUUUUAAUUAUUAUAAAAGUCACUUGGAAAAUCAAAAAAUUAAUUCCUUUUAAAUACCUGCAACUAGAUAUAAUUUCUUUUCAGAACACUUUACACAUCGAAAAGAUUUUUGGUAGACAUUUUGUAUACACAGUAUAAAAAAAGAAAAAAAAAAUCAUUGUAAAACCAAUACAUUCCUCGCAACGCUCAGAGUCUAAAAAUGUUUUUAUUUUUUUUUUUUGUAAAAAGAGAACAAUUUUUAUAGGUCGUAUUAAACGAUUUGAUACCGAUUUUUGAUUAAUCUGUAUGUUAUUUCAAAAAUGUUAAAACACUGAAUGCCUUAACCGUUUGAAAAAAAAAAAAAACCCGAUUAGGUUUAAGAGGGUACGCGGCGUGCGUGUUAUAAAAAGUGCUCGCCGUAAAAUUGUCUGUAUUUCUAUUUUAUAAUAAUAUACAAUUUAAAUGCGAUAAAAUCGAUUAUAAUAUAUUAUUUUAGACGAUUAUAUAAUUUAAGUUAUCUAAAAGAAAAAAAAAAAAGCCAGCGUACGGGAACAGAAGUGUGUAUAAAGAAAAAAAAAAAAAAUUGAUAACUGAAUUUUGAUACAUUUCAUUUGUUUCUAAAUCUACUAUAUAAAUAAAUUUAGUUACGUAAUCCUAUCCUUUGUCCGAGCAAAAAAAAAAAAAAAAAACUCUCGUUUUCGUUCGGAAUAUUUGUUAUACUUAUAGACGGAAUUCCGGCAAUAUUAAAUCGGCAACGCACUUACCUAUAUGCGGCACGUUUUAAUUACAAUAAAUUGACAAUUUUCGAUCCGACCGCGGGAACCGAAACCGCCGAAUAAAUCAAAAACAUGGCAACGUUUCCGAUGAGUCAAUAGGUCGUCAAGGUUAUUGUGCUUUGCUUACGCGGGUAUAAUAAUUUCAUUGCUACUGAUAUGCGUGCCUAUUAUAAACGGCGAUUUUCCGUUUAAAAGUCCGACGGAAUCCCCGAGUCCCGCGAUUACAAAAUGUGUCCCACAUUUCAAUUAUUUUAUUAAAAACAGGCCGCGUCCUGCGCCCGGCGUUUCCCGCGCCAAUUGUUUUUGUUACGUUCACCUUUAUUUUCCCGCAUUGCUUUGCCCGUAUCAGUAUACCGAACGAAAGAAAAUGGGCUGAGUGAGUCCGGUGGACCUAAAAAGUGUUCUAUAGUGUGUCAUACUUUUUUUCAACCGCGUUACCACGGAUACUCGCACAGCACAUUAUCACGCGUUAUUAAAUUAUAUUGAAUCCACUAAAAUGACGCUAAAAUUAUGAGGACAGUGUACUCCAGUGCAGGGGAGAACGCAGGAAAAUAUAUUUUUUUUUUUUUUUGGGAGGGGGGAGAGGUGAAAAAGUAUAAAAUGUUCAUAAAUAUCAUAUGGGCACUUAUACUAUAUAAUUUAUUGUAUAAGUAUAUAUACAUAUAUAUAUUAAUCGAUUAUCACAAUUUGUCAAUAAAAAAUAAAACAUUGCGUUUAUUAAUAUAUCAAUAUCGUCGUCGUGGAAAUUCAUUAUUUCAUAUUUGGGGAAAUGUUAUUACACUGCGCGGGUAUAUUAUAACAACAGAAUUCGAAACUAAAUAAAUAAUCGUACAGAUUAUUCGCAUUACGAUUUGCACCAGAUUGUGACAUUUCGGGUUUCCGGCUAUUAGUUGGCGGGCUGUCUACGGACGGUUUGUUUGAAUCCACACCAAUCGGAACUCGGGUGGUACUUGUGUUUUGUGAUUUAAAAACCCUGUAAAACCGAACUCGUUUUGAAUUUUCGUAUUUGCGUUUUUAAUACGACGGCGUCGUAACAAUACGUCAAUCGAAAUUAGCGAACAGCGGUACAACAAGACACGCCGGUGCGUUCGUUAUGGCGGCGUAGACGCGUGGUUUAGAUUGUUCAAAUGCAAUUUCUGGAAUUAUCUGUAUUCCGGAUAAUACGGGUCAUUGGGAAUUUCCCGUAAUAUAUUGGCGGCGACGAUAAUUUAUUACGCUCGUCUACAUCAUCGAAUUUCGCGGCGACAGGUGGUGUCAAUCAGUUGUUUAUGACACAAUCACCGGGCAAUCGUACAGUGUAAUGAUAAUUUCAUUGUACACGUAAAUUUAUAAACCCCAAAAAACUUUUAAAUAAACAAUAAUUACUGAUUAUUAUCAUAUUACAGUGUUAUUGUUAAUCAAUAGCUAAUCGUUUUUCAAAACUAAUUUAUUAGUAUUUCUAGGUCAGGUAAUUAAAUUGUUUUGUUCCUGAUAUUUCGGAGGAGGUGUUUAAACCCCCGAAUCCUCCCCCCCCUCUGCGUUCGUCCCUGCUCUAGUGUUAUUAAUGUACCAGAAAAUACAAAGAUUCAAAGACGGCGUUUUACGUGUUUUCACUUUUCACUUAUCCGCCCAGUACAGCGCAUAGUUUUGUGUUUUUUUCUUCAUCCAUGCUAUCAAGUCGGCCCAUCCUAUUUCGAGCCAAUAUUAAACCGCCAGACGGACCGUUUAUUUUAAGCUGUCACGGUUGUUAUGGCGUUUUUAUUUCUGUUUAUUGUUUAUUUUUUUGUUAAAAAUUCUUUCAUUCCGUCCGUGUUACUAUGGUUAUCCAUUAUUCGACUGAAUGCGCCGGACCUAUUAUAUGAGCUAAACUUCUAUUGCGAACGUCCGGCGCUAGAUUCUCUGCGACGCGUACUCCCUCGUGACUUGCGAGAAAAUCUGAAUUUUCAAAAGAAGAUAUUUUAAGUUCAUUUUCUUUUCCACCAGUUGAAUUUCUGUUGGCAAUACUUCCAAAUCCAGAAAUUCAGAAUACACUAGUCAUACAAAAUCAUUUGCCUCUGUUUCAAAUUUGCUGUAUAUUAACAAUUGUGCAUUGAAGAAAUUUGUUUUUUAUGAUUAUUAAACUUUGCUUGAAGUUGUUCUGUGAAAUCAUCGAAAAAAAGGAAUAUCUAUUGUUAUGCGAUAGUAUUCUUCAAGUGAAUUUAUAACGACAUUAAUUCGAUGCUUUUGAUGUCCAACGAUUCUUGGUAUUUUUAUAUCUUCUUCGCUAUCUGCUGAUUUUAUGAGAUCCAGUGCUUUUUAAAAAAUCUUGGAAAAUAUAGUAUAAAUAACCUUGCACGAUACUUUUCAUGAAACAGAAGGAUUUUUUCUCUUGAAACGAUUUCGAGGAUAUCCAGACCUGUUUGUCGUCUAUUGAACCUUUUUUAAUUAACCCACGAACAAUUGAUUCGUUCGACGACCGAGUAUUAUACGGAGUUUCCGAACAGACACGCGAAACUUUCACCAUUCGUAUAAAAUGUUUUUGUAACUAAAACACUAUUUUCUGUUGUGUACUUUUUCGUGCCGGUUACUACACAAGAGUUAUACGUCACAGCGCAGUAAAUAUUUGUCAGUUUUUUCUAUACGUUUUUUCGGGGUUUUCCCAAUUAUCAUAGAAAAUCAGAAACGUUGAUCUCAACGCACCAACUAGAUCAUAAAUUUAAUUAAAAAUAUCUCUUGGUAUUUUUGAUUGAAACACGAUUUCUGGUGGAAUGGUUAUUAAUAUAGACACAACAAAUAAAAUGGAGCUGAUACUGUGGACGGGUGUGCCUUUAUUGUAGAUGGGAAGUUGGGAAGGUAGAAUACAUAAAUGUAUUUAAUUUGUAUUUGUAAGCAACGAUAAACCAUUGCUAACGAAAACGAUUUGGAAUGGAGUUAAAUCUUUUAAAUCUUUUGAAAAGCCGUAAAAUUUACGAUUUUCGUUAAAAUGUAUAUUAUAUUAUUAUUAAAACUCGUGUAUCAAAAAAAAAAAAUAAAAUAAAAAUACAACGUUACACUUAAUAAACAGAUCAAAAAAUGGUUUAAUAUUUUGCAGUUUCCUACGUCUAGAAAAAGCAAUAAUAAGUUCUCUGUCGAAAAUCAGCUGUUUUUCUAUUAGAUCAAUAUUUCUGAUAAAAACAUAAUCGUAAAAAUUACAAACAAUGAAAUCGAUAAUGCCACGGUGCACCGUAAAUAUUUGCCCUUUUACUUAUAAUUUUUUUUCGGUUUUCAAGAUUAUUUUGAAAACCCCUUAGAAAUUCAAAAAAUAACCUUCCAAUGCAUCAACUAGAUAAGAUUCCAUUUCAAAAAAGGUACUGCACUUGAAAAUUGGAGCUAAUUUCUGGUAGACAUUUUUACACGGUAUAAAAAAAACACACAUCACAGUAAAACUAAUAAAUCCCUCGGUACGCUCUGAAGCUAAAAAACUACCUAUGGUUUAUGAAAAAUUGGCACAGAUAUUCAUUUCAUAUAUAUGAAUAGUAUACAUUCCGGAAUAUAGGUUUAACAAUAAAAUCAGAAACAAUUAUUGAAAAUCACUAUCUACACAAUCUAUACGAAAACAAGUUGCACAAUACUAGCUGUCUAUCAUAUUAUAUAGGUGUAUAUGAUUGUUGUUGAUCGAGUGUUAAAAUAUAUUUCUAAAAAAUUGGUUGAUAACCUUAUACCGUAAUGUUGUAAUAACAUUGAAAUAUAUCUCCGAAACGCGGAAUAAAGUAAAACGAAUUAACGAAAGCGCGUAGGUACUAAUUUAGAAAAAAAAAAAAAAACAAUUUUACCGACGAUGUGAUCAUCCGUGUUAGAGGUUUCAAUAAAACACGUGUUUUAUUGCAUUCGUCACGAGUCCACGAAUAUAAUAUGUUUAUUUAGUAUACACAAUACUUACGUGACGUGACAAUGAUUCGGUUUCACGUGUAUUUAAAAAAAAAAAAAAUAUUUAGAUUCCAGUUGAUUUAUAGCUUAUGCCAUAAUUUUCAACGUUUUACUGAGAACCAUUACAUCCCGCUUUUUAAUGGUUUACCAAUAAACAAAUAAAAUAAUAAAAUAAUUACAUUUUUAGGACCUGGAAAAACGUUCAUUUUUUGCACCAAAUCGUAUAAAUUUAAGUCAUUAUCGCGAAUUCCAUGAUUUUCGUUCACUCGGUUCACAGAAAUUCUUCGUUAUAUUGUAAAACCAUUGAGCUAAUGAAAACAAUUAUAAUUACUUGUAUAGGCACGGUGUAAGUCAGAUGCUGCAUGAAUAUCAUGUAUAGCGUGACCACCAAUAAGUAGGUAAGUUAAGAUUUUUAAAACGGAUUUCAGAUUUGGGAUAUUUUAGAAACUACCCUGUUGACUUUAAUCUUAAAUUAAAUUAGUAUUUUUAUGUUUUCGAUAAAGACGAUUUUAUUUUUUAUUCUGCGCGUACGAUAUACUAUAUUAAUGUAUAAAAUCGAAUAUCCAUGCAUAAUUCAAAACGAAAAAUAAUCAUUUUAUAAAUUUUCUCUAGUAAACAUGUUUUUUUGCAGAGCACGUGCACGUGCCGUUAUACCGAAAAUCGAUUGCGCGGUGAAAAUCGAUAAAAAAAAAUAAAAAAAUAAUGAUGACAAUGCGCUUUAUUCGACUGUAAACAUAUUUCAAUGUUUCGAUGCACACGAUGCAUUCGCAUGCGGAUCUCGAAUUCGUCGCGAUCGCAGUAGCCACUUAUUAAUACGUUUGUUAUUUUUUAGGACACUUGUAUGGGCUUUUUGACUGACAAAAUAGUAUAUACAGCUAGCUACUAGCAUAGAAGAAUAAAAUUAAAAUGUUCUAUGGGUCAGCCGUUUGUUUAGAUUUAAGAUAAUAUUAUAAUUUUUUUUUCUUUAAAUUUUUCUUUUCAACAACCAGAUCGUAAUGAUCGACAUAAAUGUGUUACUGUUAUUCACGUAUAAUUUUCCCGCCUUCUUUAUCGUGAAAUCGAUUUUUAAAAUUAUUUAAAAAUCCUUACUUCUAUUUCGAACUAAACACAAAUGGGCGUGCAAAUUUAAAAUGUUAUUUAUGUAGGUAUGUAUAAUCGUAUUAUAAUGAAUAUUUCGUUUCUUUAUUUUAUUUUUCCAUCGUUUUGUUCAUAAUAUUAUAUCGUUGAAAUAAUUGCGUCCAAAGAAUAAUUAUAACGUCGAAGUGCAAUGUUUCUAUACUUAUAUAGGUACUUACGUGACAUAUCUCCGAGGGAAAAAAAUGCGGACGGCUUAUGAAUUCCCGCCAAACAGGAUUAAAUCUGUACACUCGAACGAACACCGUCGAAUCCGGUUCGAAUUUCGCAAUACAAUAAAAUAACGUGAACCAUUUCCUUGUGUGUACAACUAUAUACACUAUCGUAUGUAUAUUGUGCAUUUUUUUUAAGAGCGUUGUACUCGUUCUUUAUAGGAAACGUAUACAAAAAAAUCGAACGUUUUUCCCCGGUGAAUUAAUAUAAUACAGAUACCGAGCGGCGCGCAUUUUUAUUAAAUUUUUUAAUAUUUUAUUUUAUCUAUAAAAGUGAAAAUACAAUUUCGACCAGAAGAUACUUCGAUCGUAAACAGUAUCAUUGAUGAAGAUUUGUGUGGGUGGUAAAUUUAAUCUAGUCGAUGCAUCGAGGACGUUAUUAACUUGUAAACUAUUUAUUUUUUUUUUUACCACAUAAUGUUAAUCUAUGCAUAAUUCUCUAAUCUUUAUGUAAUACAGUGUUUGUUUCGACUAAUUAGACACACGUGGUGAACUUUAACGUGCGGUUAAUUUACAAUACAUUUUAGUGUGAUAGUAGAUAGGUAUAAUUUAUAAGUUUGAAAACAAUCUACGAUUUCCAAUAUUUUAUAAGUAAUCGGAAUAUAUAGAUUGAAUUUAGAUCUUUAAAAUUAAAUUUUAAGUAUAUAAAUUAAGUAAAGUAAAAUUAUUAUUCCCAUGAUAAAUCAAAUAAGAAUAAAUGCGAGUUGUCCGUGUGUAAACGUUUUGAGUUAAGUAUUACGUUUAAACAAUAAUUACUAAUUUAGACGAUUUAUACUAGUUAAAUUGUCGAAAAAAAGAAAAAAAAGAAAAGGAAUUUAUAAAUAAUACCCAAUAAAUAAAUUUAAUAUCGACUAAUUUUGAUCUGAAUUUUAUUUGCAGAAAACUAAACUUGAAGUUCGGAUAGAGUGUAUUUAAUUAUCGAUUGGGUAUCUAUAAAAUGUUUUUUUUUUUGCAGAUGAUAUUAUAGUAUAAUAAUAUUAUCAAUGGUUUAAGUAAACAAUUUCUAAAUGUUCUAUACUGUUUAAUUUUAUGUAUUCGUAUCAAAUUUUUCGUUACAGAGAUUUUAUACUAUAUAAAAUUUCGUAUAGUUAAUGAUACUAGAGGAUUCCGAUUAUGUAUUAUAUAAAAAUAUAUAAUAUAUAAUAUAAUAAGUUUCGAAGUAUUGAUUAACGACUGAAAAUAAAUUUAACGAUAAUUGAUGAUAUGUAAAUUGCUACGUGUUAGAAAAAUGAAAAAUGAUAUAAUAUUUUUUCGUGCUGAAAAUUCGAUUUUCGCUCUUGAUUCUUUAUAUAGUAAAGAGCUGUAGUGAAACCGGAAGAAUUUUGAGACAAAUUGCGUCAUUAAUAUCACUUUUUUUUCGGUGAUAAAAUAUUUACCAUUAUUUUUUUAUCGUUUCGUAAGAAAUGUUUAAAUUGUUUAUCUACUUCAUUUUAUCUAUAUAUUUUCUUUAUGACGUAAUUCCAGUAAAUGAACGUUGGUUUUGAUCUCUGAUUGGUCGAAUCGUUAAUUUGUUUUGAUUGGCCAAUAUUUUAAAAUAGGCAUAAGAAGUAUAUGUAAAUUGAAUAUUGUUAUAAAACAUUCUUGGAUUUUCUCGAGCAAUUACGCUAUUUACAAUCAUUUUUUAAACGAAAAUAUAUUUCAAAUAUUUAUUGGACUCUAUAUUUGAUUUUUAAUUAACGUAAUUAAAAACUGAUCUUUUAUUUUCUAUAAGUAGGUGCAUAGUACAUGUACCUAUACGUAUAAUAUAGUAUAAUAUAUAUAUUAUGUACUCAUAAAAUAUUUUUUUUUAAUUAUUUAUUAUUAACAUAAUUUAAACUUUCCUAGUAAAUGCCAAAAAAAAAAGAAAGUUUUUUGUGAAAAUUUCAGGUUUCUAUGAUUAUUUUUAACCAAACUACAAUUAAAAAUCAAAAUCAAAAAUAAUGAAAUUACUAUGGCUGUACAUUUUCCUGAUUUUCAUUAGUUUUUUUUUCAGUUUUUCCUAAUUAUAAAGAAAAGUACAAUAAAAAUAAAAUCAACAUAUUCCUCAGUGUAUCAACUAGAAAGCAUUGAUUCCAGAAAUGAUACUAAACUUGCAAAUUGGAGCAAGAUUUCUAGUAGAUAAGUUGGCUUUUAGAAACAGAAAAAAAAACAUCAUAUAGGAACAAAAUUUGAAAAACUCUUAACAAUUAAUAAAUUAUAUGAUUGGUUUUUGGUAAAUCAAGAUUAGUAUUUUAUUUAACUUCAAUGAUUAUAAGAAAAAAAAAUGGCCACUAUUUGUAUUAUUAUACAGAGUCGAGGGUAUGGUUAUGUUAAAAUAUAUGUUUAGGGUUGAUAUAAAUGCUGUAUAAAUAGAUAUUAUAAAUCGUAAAGACAUUAGAGACAUUAUUUACCGAAAAAUUUUAAAAAAAAGUUUUAAAAAUAUGAGACAUUUAUCGACUUAUUUUAAUACAUAUAUUUAAAAAAACAUCGAGCGGAAUGAUAAUAGCACUAUAAAAGUUAUACCGAGUUACACUUAAACUAUCAUAAUACAAAUUACCAGUUUUAUUGUGUGUAUCAGUGAUGAUUUCGAGUAAAUUUGAUUCUGGUAUUUUCCGUAAUUUUUCAAACAUUUUUUUUUUUAUGUUUUGUGCAACAUAUUCAAUUGUCUGCCAUUUAUACGCUGCGUGAGUUAAAACAGUAGUGGUUAAAAAAAACUACAGUGUUCUUAGAUAAGGGAAUUUUUUUAACAUGAUGUAUAAUAUUAUUAUAAUAUUUAAUUGGACAUUUAAAUACACCUAUAAUUGAGGAUUAUUAUUUAUUAUACAGGAUAUACGUCAGUCAUGUAAUUACUUGAUCCGUUAUCAUCAUUUUAUCCGAAGUUAUUUUUGGGUGAUUUUUUUUUAUAAUAAUAAUUUGUUCAAAAGAGGAAUAAAACGGGCAGAAGCCUAAUAGUUCAGAUGAGAAAACUCUGAGAUUAUAUUAAUGUAAUCUAGGUAAAACAUUUUUUUCGACCAACUUUAAAUUUAAUUUUUCUAACAAAUUUAUUUCAGUUUUUUUUUUCUAUACUUUUUUUUUAUAGGCGUAAUUAUUUAAUUGUGUAUUUAUUCGAUAUUUUUCAUAGAUGAGCAACUAAGACAAUAGAAGCCAUUAUAAAUAUUUUAGAAUUGCGUAAAUAAUAUAAUUUUUUCUGAAAUAUUAAGUUAUUUAGUAAAUAAUUUGUUCAUAAUAAAAAUUGAAUGUAGAGGAACAAUUAUUUUCUGUACGAUAUUUUAUAGCAGGUAUACAGAGAUAUUUUUUGUCUCAACGAUUUGAAUUGUACGAAUAAUCCGAUUUGGAUACAAUUUAAAAUUUGGAUGUUAUUAUCAGUCCUCAGAGGUGUAUCCAGGAUUUAUUAAUGGGGAUGGGGAUUUUAGAGGUUUUAGAGGUUUAGGGAGAGUCUACAACUUUCUUAACGUUACCUGUAGGCAAAAAUGCAACGGGGAGGUGGAUUACAAUAUCAAAAACCCCUUUGGCUACGCCACUGUCAACACUAAUUUAUUCGAGAAUAAAACACUCUAUACAUAAUUCGUACCUAUGCUUAGUUUUAUUUUUUUACAAUUUGUUUUUAUUUAUUUUGUAUAGGAUGAUUCAACGAGCCUUUCGGUCGGGACACAUUGACAUAGAUUGCGUUGACUCUUUCGGCCGUGGUGCUAUCAAAUUGGCCAUUGAUGCGGAAAAUUUGGAAAUGCUCGAAAUGCUGGUGGUGAUGGGUGUCGGGCCUAAGGAUAAUCUAUUGCAUGCCAUCAACGUCGAAUUUGUCGAGGCCGUAGAGCUCCUUCUCCAAUACGAAGAACUAGUGCAUACGGAAGGAGAACCUUAUGUGAGUGUACCUUUUCGAAUUACCUACUAUAAUUUUACUCAUCAAAAUGUGUUAUUUAUUUCAAUCCGUUAAAAUCUACAAAAUAUGAUCCAAGAGCAACCUAAAAAGACAAACUAAAACAUCUAUAAAUGUAAAAAUCAAAAUUACCCUCUGAACUACCCCCAUAAAAAGCCUAAAUCAAUUUUACAUUCAAUUAAAAAUGUGAAAAUUAAAAUACAAAUAAAAUAUUGAGCUUUUAUGUAAUAAUUUUAAAUAGUAAGGACCUUGUAGUUUUAGUUAUUUUAAGUUAGUGUUCUGUACUAGUUAAGUAUGACCGUACGACCACGACGUAAAAUGCGUCAAGCUCAAAACACCAUUUUUGUGAUUGUGACGUUCAAAAACUUCUGUAAUUACUGUGUAUCCGAAUUUCUCAAAAGACAUUGAGUCCUGCAAUUUUAUUCUAUUACAAUUAUUCAUUUGAAUUUUUGAAAAUUAUACUUUUUUGAGAAAUUUUCAAUCACAUACAUGUUUUCGACAGCAAAACGUUUUAAAAUAUAUUAACGUAUAACGUACUAUUUUAAUAUUUUGCGAAGUUGAUACUGUCGUAGGUUGAUAGUUGGGUAGGUGAUCCUACGAUAGUUGGGAAGGUAGGAUAUAUAGGGUAAUUAGAUUAUGUACUGUGUUUAACGAUAAAUCGUUGAAAAUGAAAAACGAUUCUGAGCAUGGAAGUGUCAGUAGUUGUGUUUUUCAUUAUUGCCAAGGUAACUAAAAAGCCAAUAAAAAUAAUAAAAAGUACUAACCUGGAGUGUGAAUUGCUAAAAAUUCUGAUAAAUGUUUUAAAUAAAGUACCACGAAGCAAAGAAUCUGAUUCUUAUAAAAUUUAAGGUAUGACAUGAAAAAAUUCAUAUAUCUUAGUAAAACAAUUAACUUCUUUACUACACUCGGAAUAUAAUAUUAAAUUUCGCAUUAAAAAUUAAAUUUAAUAAAUAUUAUUGUUCGCCUUUAACAAAACUAUUACAUCAUAUUUUGUAUCAAUAGAGUUGGGAAAAAGUCGAUUGGAAUAUUGCUUAUUUCACGCCGGACAUUACACCUCUCAUUUUAGCCGCGCACAAGAAUAACUACGAAAUCAUCAAAAUGUUAUUAGACCGAGGGGCAACUUUACCGAUGCCACAUACAAUCAAGUAUUUAUAUACGACUAACUAUUAUUACACUCACUCGUAUAUCAUAUGAUAAUAUUAUUUAUUUUGAAGGCUUUAAACUAGAUUUUGUUCAUUUUGUUCGAUUUGAUCGUUAAAAUAUUAUAUCCAUAUUAUAAUCGUUCAACACACCUAAUAUUUGUUAUUUAUUUUUAUUACCUAUAGUAGUAUAGUAGGUUGGUAGGUCUACUAGUCUUUUGAGUUUCCAGUUUAUUUAUUAUUAUUAUUAUUAUUUUUUUUUAAAUUCAAUAAUCAAAUUAUUUUCCACAUAAUUUGCCUAUUAAUCACUUCUUUUAUUCAAUCGUAAUUAAAAAUAUAAUAUGAUUUUGCGUCAUAAUAAACAUAUUUUAAGCGCAAUAUUGGAUUUUUUUUUUUACUUUUACAAAAUAUAAAAUGUAUGGUUUUCGUAUAUUUUAAAAUUUGUAUGAAACAAUAUUAUUAAUCACUAGGUAAGAGAUAACAAUUAUAUUGCUUGCGUCAUUAGUAAAUAUGUAUAUAGAAUACACAAGAAUACAUUUAUCUGUUAAUUUAUUGACAUAGAACUGCAUUUGUUCUGUAAUCUUUUUGUAUUUCGGGUGCACGCAUAUUUUCUAUACACGCGUUGCGAUUAUUUUAGUUCAAUUUCUUAGCGAAAAACGUUUAUAAAUUUCUUUUUAUUUUCGGUAUUUUGAUUUCAGUAAUAUUCAGUAAUAAGUUAUGUGAACGCACCUAUAAUAUUAUAUGACAUUCAAACCAUCGUUAUAAUUGUUAAUUAAAAAACUUCGUUAUAUGGGUAGAACCACGAUGAUGGUAAUAUACACACCCAGAGUCAUAGGUUCCUCCUCGAACCGCGUAUACCAGUAUUAUACCCAAUAAUUGUUAUAAACUCAUUCAUUAAAAUACGGAUUAAACUUUAAUCAUUUUUUUUUUUUUUUAAACAUUAUUAUCUUUUCAUUUCCUUCUCUUUUUAUUAUACGUUCGCCGCCACGAGACGUAUCGAAUAACUAUCUCGUUACCAUAAUAUAAUCAUAUAUAAUAUACGUCAUAUACUUAUAGUACCUACGCAAUAAUAUAGGUACCGCAUGUGCUUAAGAUAAUAAUAAUAAUAUAAGAAAAAAAAAAAAAAAUUAUACGCAGGUGCGGAUGCGAUAAAUGUAUUACGGCGUCGAAAACAGAUUCGUUGCGAUAUUCGAUGUGUCGGGUGAACGAGUACAGAGCAUUGGCAAGUCCGUCGUUGAUGGCACUCUCGUCGGCCGAUCCUAUACUCACCGCGUUCCAAUUGUCGUGGGAAUUGAGAAGGUUAAGCAGAUUAGAAAAAGAAUUUACCAACGAGUAUAUGGUAUAUCUAUAUUAAUAUUGUAUGCAAUAAACCGAUUUCCGAUAAAAAUAAAAUGUAUAAUAGCUACGGGCGCCCAUUUUCAAGAGAGAGACAAACUGUUGGUUUCCAAUCACGCAUUUAAAGACCAAUAUCUAUAAGGGGAUAUCCAAAUACGUAUUUUAAGUCCAAUAUACGAGGGAGUAUUCAAAAGUAAACAGACUAAAAUGGUAGUGAGACUUUGAGAGGGAGGUUUUUUGCUAAGAAUCGAUUUCUACUAACAGUAUUAUUUAGAGUAACCUACUGCUAGUUAGUUUUCCAAUAACGAUAAAUUCCAAGACAAUUAAAAAAUGAUCUCAGAAACAAAAAAAAACAUAACGAACAGAGUCUGCUGAUGCCACUAAUGGGUCUGUCACCAUUGUAAGUGGAUAAUAGGAUACAUACAUUAAUUUAAUUUAUAUUUGUUUGCAUAAAUCAUUGCUGACGAAAUACGAUUCUUAGCGAAGUUCAGUUAAACAUGGUUUGAAAUGUCAUAAGAAUUUGAACUUAAAACAUGUAUACGAAAAAAACUACUACAUCACACUCAACUACUUUGUACACUGUAUAAUUUAGUGUUUCGUUUUAAAUUUUCAAGCAUUUCUGUUUUUUAAAACAAUUUCAUCAACAUAAAACCAAAAAAAAAAACCUCGAAAAGGUCAAACGUCUAUAAACAACUUAAAAAUCACAAAAAUUGUUUAAAUAUUCAAGCCUAGAAAAAGCUAAAUACAUUUUCUAUGAAAACUUCAGAUCUUUAACAAUAUUUUUGAUCGAAUCGCAAAAAAACAAAAUUGAAAAUAAUGAAACCGAAAGUUUUACUAUUUUUUCUUAAUCAAGAAAACUGCGCGGAAGAUUAAAAAAUGAUUUUCUAAUGCAACAAUUAGAUAUUAUUUUCUUACAGAAUAGAUACUCUUGAAAUUCGGAGGAGGAUUUAUGGUAGACAAAUAGCAUUGAACAAAUCUAAAAUAAUGAAACUUUAACUGUCGUAAAUUUGUUGUUUUUCCGUUUUUCCAAUUAUUUUAAAAUCUGCAAGGAACUAUGAUUAUAUUCAUCACAAGAACCGAUUAUUUUAAUGUAUUUAAAAAGUUUUACUUAUAUCAUUAUUGUUCUAUUAUAUAUACAUAUAUUAGGAACUUCGACAACAGUGCGAACAAUUUGCGGUAGAUCUACUCCGGCAAACACGAAGUUCUUACGAAUUAGACGUGAUACUAAAACAUGACUCGGAAAACGCGCCUAGUAUUGGAUCCAUGAAACUAAGACUCAUCGAAUUGGCGAUAAAUUAUAAGCAAAAAAACGUAAGUUUGUUAGUAUAUAGUUUAUGUAGAUUAUACAAGUAAGAUACAUUGAUAUUCGUAAACGUUUUAUUGUAUACAUUUUAUUUAUAGUUUGUAGCACAUCCGUUUAUACAACAGCUGUUGGCGACCGUUUGGUACGAAGGUUUGCCGGGAUUUCGUCGUUUAGGAUUGUAUAAGCAAACAAUCGAAAUAAUUAAAAUCGUUUACUUCUUUCCGUUUUACUGUCUGGUUUACUUGUACGCUCCCAGCGCUCAGAUAGGAAAAGUAAUGGAGAAACCGUUUAUGAAAUUUUUAAUACAUUUAUCUUCGUAUCUUUCAUACUUGGGUGAGUGAGUAGUAAAACUGCAUAUUACAACACUUGUGUUUAUUUUAUAAUUUUAUUUAUAUAUUAGGAUUAUCGAUGGUAUUGUGUUAUGUUUUGGUAAUGACUUAAAUAACACGUUAACGUUAUCUCGUAUACAUUUACAUUACCUACUGCAGUUGCAAUGACAUGUCCAGGAUUUAUCAAGGGGGGAGGGGAGAGGCGAAUAUUACAUGUUUGUCUGUAAAUAUAAAUUUAUUUUAUAAUUACACUUAAUAAUAAUGUAUUAUUUACUUAAUCGAUGAAAUAUGAAAAUGAAUCACAUAUACAGUAUAAUGUCUACCUGCACAUAAAUAUGAAAUGUAGAAUAAACAAAGUUAUUUAAUUUAUAUUUGUAAGCGAUGAUAAACCAUUAUUAACGAAAAACGAUUCAGUUAUGUAUAUUUUGACACUACACCACUGUACAGUUAUAUAUAGUGUUUGAGUACGUAUUUUUAGGAAAGGUGCAUUCUAAUAUGAUUGAGUUGUGAGUUACACCAUUAAAAAAUGUCCAGUUUUUUAUUCAGCUUAAACGAUGAGGUUAGAUUAAAAUGAUGAACGUAGGUAUAUGUAGGAACUAAAAAUAAUCCGACGGAUUAUUAUUCAUCUGGUAAAUCAAAUUUUAAUUAUCCAAUACCGCAAGACAAUUUAUUAAUAUACUGUUAAGGCAACACCUAUCAGUUUCGCUUCGUUACAUAAUUUGUAUAAUAUUUAAAUCUAAGUACAAGUUAUUACGCGUUUAUAUACUCGUAUUGCAAUAAUCCAACAACUGGUUAACGACCUACUAAUAGGUAUACCAUUGGUCGGAUGACGUACCUAUUAUUGUUAUACUGUGAGUUAAUUGUGAGUUGUGACCAUAGACCUCAGAUACUCGGUAUUAGGACUGUUUAGCAAAUAUUAGCAUACGAUAAUAUAUUAUAUUAAUCGUUGUAAAAUUGCAAUGCUAGCUCUAUUUUUAAACAAAACUACUGCUUGCGUAUUUCAAAUACCAAUAAAGCGAUAAAAAUUGUAAUAGAUAAUUAGAAAAGCUUUUUAUACUUCGCACUUAGGAAAGACCUCUGCCGUUUAGGAUGGUCUACUGCUGCAGAUGAACUCGUAUUAUUAUACGCGUUCGAAAGCAAGGAUCAGUCUGCAGUGUGAGCUCAAAACAUUUUAACGACUUAUAAUUAAAUCGGUUUGAGAUUUAAAAAGUAAAGCGAUUCCGAAAAUAUACAAAAUUUUAAAUUUUGUUUAUUAACUCAAAAGAAAUUUUUUGAGAAUAAAAUAAACAAAAAUCCCACCCUACUCGAAAUAAUUUCGCUUAACCCAACUAUAGUAAUAAUAUUCCAUAGGUAUACAGAUAACGUGAUUAAAAAUCAACAGUACAGUAAUUCAAAUUAAAAUUUUUAAAACAAAAAUUUAAUGGUAUCUACCUACUUAAAUAGUUAAAUACCUACCAUAUAUUUUAACAGUUAUAUAAUGAACAGUUUAACUUAUCACUAGAUUGUCGUUGAAGUUGGUAAUUAUUUUCGUUGUUUUAAAAUGUUAACCCAUUUAUCAUUUAGAACUGAUAAAAGAACAAUACGUUGUACCUAUAAUGAUGAUCAAGACAGGCAUGAAUUAAAAAAAAAAAAAAAAAACGUAAAAAAGUAGGUUAUGUAUAUUAAGAAUUUAUACAGUUACGAAUGUUCGAGAACGCGAAAAUUCUAGAACAAUGUCUGCGACAAAUUUUAGAAUUUAGGUACCUCAAAUACUUCAUUAUAUAUUAUACCAUUUUAAACAUUACCUAUGUAACAAUAAUAAUCAGUUUUUACCAAUAUAAACUGAAUAUACCGAACUUGAUAAAUGUUAAACGUUUGUCACGUAAAAUUUGAAAUAGUGUAAAAUAGGUAUAGUAGAUAGUUACAAAAUAGUAUAACGAUUAGAAUUUAAAUUUUAUCAACAUACAAAUAGAUGAAAGAAAAAAUGUUUGUUUUAAUUCGUGUUUUAUUGUGUAUAGGUUUACUGAUACUGGCGUCGCAAAGAGCCGAAACCCAAUUCGUAGAACUUUUUGGGUCCAAGUCGAUGAUCGAAAGUCUACAAGUACGUCAACUCCAUCAACGUGGCAAUGGGCCAUCGUAUAUCGAGCUAUUGAUUUUGCAUUUCGUCAUCGGUAAAGUGAUUGUUUUUGAUAGUGGUGGUGUAUAUGCGGGGAUUGUCUUGGGGGAAGGUUUACAACAUUAAAACUGUGUUUUUUUAAAAAAAAUUUAAAUCUUUGCCUACACGCAAACCGUAAGUACGCAGUUACAUUUCAUUAUUUUAAGAGAUAUAAUUAACAAACAAUAGUUUUCCGAUAUUAUUAAUAUAUAUUAUAUACAUAAAUAAUUAUAAUACAAUAACGAAUAAAAACGCAAUAGACGAAUGAUAUUAUAUAUGCAAAAUAGACAGAAAAAAAAAUAGUUUUAUUCGCGUUGGUAGUUAUGUAAUCUUCGUGUUUUUGUACUGAAUAUUAAAAUCGAAUUGUAAAAACGAUUUUUAUAAAAGCGUUUUUUGUCCGCAAUUUUGAUGUGGCCGUUUGUUUUUUUAUGGUUGUAUGCAUGAAAUGGCAUAGAAGUCGCGUAGAGGCAUUCAUGUUUUCGAAAUGGGUAUAGAAAAAUUGAGGUUCGAUUAUAAUAGCCAAAUCAAUAAUUGCCAUGUAAAAAUGUCCAUAUACUAUAUAAUCAUAUUUUUCCAUGUCCUUUUUGUAUUUAAUAUAAUUAGCCAAUUGAAAAAUCACUUUUAGAUUGGUAAAUUUGACGUAAAGUUGUGACUUUUGAUACAUUGUCACGGUUUUCGCGGUCUACUGGUUCUAAUAUUAUAUACCACAGUUAAUCGUUUUCCACAGGUUACAUUUGGCAGGAAAUCUUGGACGUGCAAAAGGAUGGUCUGAAGAGAUAUCUGGAACAUAAUGCGUGGAAUUACGUGGAAUUCGCCCGGAACAAAAUGUACAUAGCAGUUAUCGCGUUACGUACUUAUGCGUAUAUCACUGAAAAUAUUCAAAUAACCAAUGACCCGUCCUCGGCAUACAUUCCCCGCGAAAAAUGGGAUACGUUCGACCCCCAAAUUUUAGCCGAGGCUCUGUUCGCCGCCAGCAAUAUUCUAAGGUGGAUCACAUAAUAAUUUAAUCGCAUAAUUUCAUAUAUUAUUAGUCAAUAGUGCAUAUGAAUUUCAUUUUAGGAGGGGGGGAAUGAACUGGUAUCAUAGUAUUUACAAGACCGUAACUGAAAACAAAUUUCGGGGAGGGAUUCAAAAUUUGGUUCCAUUUUUUUACAUUCAAACAUAUACUACCAGAUAUCCCUUCUUCCCAGUUAUGGAUUUGGUUAUACACGAUCACCACGUCACUCCUUUUCAAACCCACCACUAAUAUUGGUAUUGACAGAAGAAAAAAGAACGAUAAUGUGUGAUUCGUUUGGAUUGAAUUCGAUGCGAAAAAAUUAAUAGGUUUACCUUGAAUGAUUUUUUAAAUUUUCUUAGAUAUCUAAAUUAUAAUUACCUAUCUUAAGAAUGUCGGAUGCAAGAAUGCAAAGAGUGUGUAGUCCAACAUAUAUUUCGUAACGCAUUAAAUUGAUUUUUCCAAAUCAAUUUACUUCUUUUAAAUACAUAAUGCGCGUGAAGGUAACUUAUAUAAUAUUUUAUUAUUAUAGCACGCGUAGAUAAUUUUUUUAUAUGAAAUUUGUAUAGAUAUUUCUACGAAACAAUGACUUCCAAAUUAUUAUAUUGUUCGAAUUUUGACGAUUGAUGAAAAUCAUGUUAAAUAAUACAAAAUUUAGUCAGUUUUGAACUUGAUUUUAAUUGUGUCUUUAAUAUCAAUCGAUUUAUAUUUGUCUAUAUACACAUAUUUAUAUUAUACAAUUAUCCACAGUGCUCUGAAGCUGAUCCACAUGUGUUCGAUAAGUUCGCAUUUGGGACCGUUACAAUUGUCACUGAAACGUAUUCUCAUUGAUAUAUUUAAGUUCUUCAGCAUUUAUAGUUUGGUAUUGUUUUCGUUCGCUUGCGGACUUAAUCAGUUGAUGUGGUAUUUCGCGGAUUUGGAACGAAAAAAAUGUUAUAGUCUAGAAGAAAACGGAUUAACGGAGUCGUGUUCAAAAUGGAAGAAUUUCGGAAAGUGAGUGCCAAAAUGCAAAAAUUUUAAAUUAUUUAAAUUACCUAAAAGUAAUAAAAAAAUUCUGCUCGAUUAUUAUUAUAUUAUCAAUUACCCUAAUGACCUAAAUACAAUAAUAAUAAUGAUAAAUAUUAAUCUAGUACAAGUUUUAUUAAAUAAAAUUACAAUAUACAGGAUAAGCUGUGCAUGUUAUAUUAUGUUCAGCAUUUCGAUAAAAGUAAACAUAAAACAUUUUUGUUUAAAUUUUAUAAGAACUAUAUAAGUUUAACUGAUAAAUAUAAUAAUACCAUCUAUAUAAUAUAGGUAAUAGAAAAAAUAUACAUACAUUUUUACGAUUUAAUUAAAUUCUAACAACCAAUUGAGUAUAUCGAAAUGUACUUAAGAAGACUGGAUACGUACCGAUUUUCUUUCUUCGGUUAGCUCAGUGGUUCCCAACAUUUUAACAUUAUACGUAUCUUUUGAUAGGUCGCAUACCACUAUGAUUUGCUUAUAGUCUUUUUUUUAUUUAACUAUUAUCUUUCUAUUAUAUUUCUACUCAAAUUUUACUUUUUUCCUAUUCAACGGAUAAUAAUGAAAUAAAUGACAUUAUGUAUGAUAAAUGUGUAAAUAAACGACGUAAUUAUCGCCGAUAACCACUACCGCUUUACGUUAAAUAUUUUUUUCAAAUUCGUAGAUACUACAUGAACCACCACACAAUGUCUCGUGGAUCAUCUGUAGUUCACAGACAUUUUAUUUUUUGGCAAUCGGACCGAUCGAUGUAGUGAAGCGAUAAAAACGUUGAAAACAUCAUAUUUGAAUUCAGCAUAUAAAUAGUGUACCUAUACAAGAUCGUUUGGUCCACUUUUUUUAAAUUUUAGUCCUUCUUAAUAUCCAAAAAUUUCAUUUAGAGAUUUUAAAAUUUUAAAAAUAUAAAUAAAAUUUAAAAUCACGCUGAAUUCAAAUUUGUUUUCAAAAUAUUCUUGCCACUUUAUUACGUUGAUCGAACUGAUUACCAGAAAAUCGGCCUAAAUUGCUGUAAUAUAAUAUGUUUUAUAAAAAUAAAAAAUUAUCGGUACAUUCAACCCUUUGAAUAUUAAAAUUACAGAUGUCUUUUGAAACGAGACUUACACAUGUAUUGUUUUACAUGAAUUUCACUUUUAUGGAAACCAACAAUAAUAAAACUGUAUAUUAUUAUUAUUAUCAUUUAUUAUCUGGGCAGUGGAUUAUAUUUUCAAUUACAAAAUAAUUGCAAUAUAAAUUAAUAGUUUUGAUCUCUAUACAAAUAACUGUUCGCCAUAAGAUUUAAGUCCAAGGAUUUAACUACCGUGCAUAAUGUGCACAUUUACUUAUUUUGUGCGCACAAGCCAAAAUAAUAGGUAAAAGUUGUUCCGAAGUCUACUUUAAAUCGCCGAAUUACUAUGAUAAAACCAUUACCAUAAAUUAUAUUCAUUUCUAUGAACCAUUUUUAAUGGUUUUUGGCAUGUCCUACAUCUUGUGCAUAGGUUAAAUUUAUAACAAUUGAAAUUCGACACUUUUUCGGUGUUAUCCAAUCGUGCUAAUGUAUUCAGCUCUAUUUUCAGUUCUGAUAAUAAUGUACAAAAAAAAAAAAAAAAUAAUAAAAUAAAAGCAAAUAUGAAAUUUAAAUAAUUUUGAGAUUGUUUUUAGUUUCUUAAUUUUUUUUUUUCGUUAAUGUUAUUUAAUAUCAUUGUUAAUAAUUGUUUUCGAACGUAAUAUGAUGUAGAUGUAUUUCCCGUUAAAAACGUCAACUCCGGGCGAUCGGUUUUUAUUGAUCAGUGAUUGAUUAUAUAAAUAUUGUACAUAUAUUAAUAAUAUAUAAAAAGUACUUAUUAUUUAUUUCAUAUUGAUAACACGCCACCGUUCUACUAUGUAGUUUAAUAUAGCGAUUUACGUCUUUUUGUACAUAUAUCUUUUUUUUUUUUUAGCACAAGGUCGAACUUUAUGUUUACUAUAGUUAUAUAAAAGGAUCAAUAUUAUAAUAAGAAUAAGUGACCUUAUUCAAGGGCGUCCAUUUUAAAAAAUCUAGGGGGACAAUGUAUGAUAUAUAUGUGUAAUACAUAAUGCACAACACCUACGAUAUAACUACGUAUAGCCAUAGUGUAUUGUAGCAGGAAAAACAAACCUUUUGUAACAAAAAAUAAUUUCUCGAAUAGGCUCUGCAAAUCUGCAAAUAUAGCUAAUUAUGGUCUCUCCCUAAUUUUUUUAUGUUUAUCAGUAUAGUGAAUGUCCCGAGAGAAAUUAAAUGUUUAGAAAUUAAAAAUAAAUAUACUAAUAUUAUGAGUAUAAUAUUUGGCUCUAGUCAUGAAAAAAAAAAUUUGUAUGUAUAAAUUCAGUAUAUCAUUCAAAAUAAUACGCAUACACUAAAAGUUUUCACAAAAUAUAAUAAUAUAUGCAUAUAAGCAAUGCUUAUAUUAUUAAGCAUGUAAUAAUGUCAUGCGAUAUUACUAAUGCAAAAUCAUACACCUACACCGGAUAUUCUGCUCUGUGUGGUGUGCUAAUCAAUACCGAUGCCUAAUGUCAAAAUUGUUGUCCUAUUUACUGUUAAAUACAUGAUGUUUAAUAUUAUAACGUCAAUAAUUUGGUAUGUACGUUUUUAAUCUAUGAAAAAAAAAAAUAACUGUUCACUAUAAAAUUAUGCUUAAAAUAAUAUAUUAUUAACAGAAUGGUAAUUUUAUUCCAACAAUUUAUGAUGCUUAUUGUACUAUUUUUGAUUAAUCAAUUUGAUUGAAAUUCUGCAGCGUUUUCGAGUCCAUACAAACGUUAUUUUGGACGGGGUUUGGAGAGAUCGAUCUUGAAAACUUCGAUCUACCGGGCAUAAAACCGUACACCAGAUUCUGGGCGAUACUCAUGUUCGCCACUUACUCGGUCAUUAAUGUCACCAUCAUGAUGAAUUUACUCAUUGCUAUGAUGUCGAAUUCCUAUUCCGUAAUCGAGGUGCUGAAAUAUAUUAAAAUAUGCGUAUAACUAACGGUGAUGUACAUUUAUAGCAGAUAGAUUUUUCGUUUUAGCUUAUCGCAAGACCUAGCUAAUUACUUAACAUAUAACUUAAUUAAUUAUUAUUUUGUAUUAUUUUCGAACUAUGCAGUAAAUUUUAGUUGCUGAAUUUUUAUUAACAGCUGUAUAAUAUUUGUAUUGAUGUGAGUCUGAGUUUGACUACAUAAAAUAUUAAAUAUGAACAGGGCCAAUCGGAUGUGGAAUGGAAGUUUUCUAGAACAAAGUUGUGGCUCAGUUGUUUUGAGGAAACGCCUACGCUACCAUCUCCCUACAACGUGUACCCUAAUCUGAAACAACUGAAAAAAUUCUUUCAUUUUAUAUGCAAAUUCAAGAAGAUUCAUCGUGACUGGUCACAGGUAAGAAUGGUACGACUAUAACAAUUGAAUAAUAACACACAAAUUUGUUAAUAAAUAAUAAUUAUUGAAUACUUGAUAAAACCAAACUGAAACAAUACCGUGCGUUAUGACAUUUCACGUGGAAAAUUCAAAGUUAAGGUUUAGAUAUAUUUCUAUAUUUCUGUAUUUCUAUAUUAAUAAAAGGAAGUAUCGUGCUGUACAGCCUAAUAUAUCGCACACAGAGGUCUGAAAAUAUGAAAAUAAAACACCUGAAACGUCUUUGCGAAAUUCAACUCCUAAAGAGUGGUCGACACAGUGUUAUGGUAUUUUUGGAAUCUUCUUCUUUUCCUUCUCCUCCAUUUAAACUAUUUGGGGUUGACUAUCCUCGUCAUAAACUUACAUUUGACCUAGUUUAACUUAUCAUGGAAAAGGAAUUAUAAUCCUAUUUAAAAAAUAAUUAAUUACCGGUUAACAACGAUUAAUUUUGAUAGGGAUAGGGUAGGAAACAAUCUCGAGGAUUCACGAGGAAACAUAUUUCUAUUAUUUUUCAUUUUUCGUUCAAUAACAUGCAGUGUGCAUGGCCAAAGCCAUGUGAGACCGCUAGGGUUAUUUUAUAUUCUAUAUACAAAAUAGUAUUGAGUCAUCAAGAAUUUAUACUAGUUUACCUCCUAGGAGAUUUGCUCUUCAUUUGCUCUUCACUUAUUGUUCUUUCUGAACUUAUUUUUAAGACAUUUGCACAUCGUUACAUUUUAUGUCAUACGUCAUUUAUUUUGUGCCGUAAUUUUUAUCACACCUAUAGAUAAAUGGUUGCGAAACUGCCUAUGCUCGGCUACUCAAAAAUAACUUCUUAUCAAAAAAUUUCAUACCAUCAGCGCUCCCUGUGUAUUUCUCACGAACUAUAACUAUACUGAUAAGUUUAGUUCUAAUAUAUUAAUUAUUGUUGCCUAUAUCAGACCACACUACUUGCUUGAUUGGCUGUUUAUCAGUUUAGGUCAAACUUUGGUGAUAUCUGAUUCAGAAGCGUCUUCAAAUCAAUCACACCGGAAGGGGGAAUAAUAAAAUCCUGUAAGAGACUUAGCCUCCUAAAAGCAUGCUAAUUCCUCAUGAAAUUAGUAUUUUAUAUAAUAAUUCAUUUUUAGAGCAGUCGAAUCCUAUUUUCUAAAUCGUCUCUAGUUAUGUGGGAUUUGAAAAUUAUUUUGCAACAUUUAAAACCUUAAAGUUAAAUUGUUUUCACUAAUCUACUGCCUGAUAGGUUUUAUGGAUGAAAAUGACUUCAUGGAAAUAAAACUCUUACUCCUCUUAAAACACUCAAAUUUCAAUAUUUUAUUAUUUUUAUUUAAGAGAAAAAAACUUUUUAUAGGUUUAAAUGAUCCCUAAUUUUAAAUAAGUGACUAAUCAUUUAUUUUUUUUUUAGGCUUUACGAGCCAUUUGUACUUUUUGCCGCCAAUACUACUUCCUUCCAUUGCUUUUUAUCAUAAACCUGCUCCCAGUCCACUCCAAUUUCUUCUAAUAAUUCCUUGACGUUGUCCUUCUAUCUUUUCCGCGGUUUUCUCCUUAUCUCUUUCUCUCACCAUAUGUGUCAUUGUUCUUUUCAACAUGCUUCCAUAAGCCUGGAAUAUCCCUAAAUAUUGAUAAGUGUAACGUUAUAUCAUUUUUUAGAUCUCGGGUUCCACUUCUCCUCUUUUAUUAUUAUUUAAAUAAGUCUAUUUUAACACGAGUUAAUGAUAUCAAUGACUUAGGUAUAAUAUUUGAUUCCACUCUUUCUUUCAAUAAAUACUUAUUAUAUAAUACAAGUAAAUCUUCAAUGAUUUUAGGCUUUAUUACAAGGAACUAUAAAAAUGUCCCGUUAUUCUAAAAAUGUUAUAUACUUCUUUGGUACGAGCCAAAUUAAAAUAUAAUUCUGUUGUUUGUUCUCUUUAUAUUAAGUAUCAAAUUUACUGCUUAGAUAAUAUACAGAAUCAUUUUCUACGUUUUUUAGCCUUCAAAUGUAAUAUUACUCGUAAGUCGUACUCAGGUACGGGGGUACUAUAAUACUCAGGUCAGGUACAGUUUAUAUAUAGAUGUUCUUUAGCUUUACUUGCCAACAAAUUGAACAUAAAAAGGGCUUUCAGUGCAUAAAGGCAACGGUUUGCUGCACUCAACCUGCUAUUGAUCUCUCUAUGCACAUUGCUUUGGCUAUUUAGGAUAGUACCGAGGUACUUGAACUAUUGUACUUGUUAAAAGUUGUUAUUUUCCACGUGGAGGUUAUUUGAUCACCCCUCCUCGUUUUACCGUCAUGUAUUUAUUUUUUAGGCUUUUAAUUUUCAAGCAAAUAGCUUUCCCAUUUUUAUCAUUUCUUCAACAGUACUCUGAAUAUUUUCUCGUGAUUUCUCAAUGACUACUAUGUCGUCUGUUCAUACUAGCAACUAGCAAGAUAUUUCCUUUGUCAAGGUUUAAUGUUUUAGUUCACGAUAUUUUUCUUAUUGCACUCUUCAGUACCAUAUUGAAAAGCACUGCAGAUGAUAUCGCAUCCAUCCCAUUGUUUCAGUCCGAUAUUAAUCAUAAACGAAGAUUAUAAUUCGUUGUCCAUCUUGACUCGACUGAUAGUCUUCGUGUUACAUGGUUAUAUCAUGUUGCUUAGUUUAGUUGGUAUACCAAUAUUUUUAAGAAGUUUUCAUAGUUUUUCAUUGUUUAUGCUAUUGUAGACUUGCUUAUAGUCUAAAAAUACCAAAUAUAGCGAACGUUCACGACCUCAUAUAUUUUUCUAUAAUUUGUCUUCAACAAAUCUGUGAUGUGGUUGAUUUAUUUUUUCUAAAUUCGCUUUGGUAGUUACUUACUAUCCCGCUAUAUUUCCAAUAUUUUGAAGAAGAUUAAUAAUAAUACCUUACACCCAAUAUUCAGUAGUGUGAUUCUUUUUUAAUUCCCGAGUUUAUUUCGGUUAUCUUUUUUGAAAAUUGGGCAUACCAAUGAUUCAUUCUAGUCUUCUGUUAUCUUUUCCUUUGUCCAUAUUUGUUGGAUUACGUUCAUUUUUGUGUUAGAUUUGGUUCUCCUGAUUUUGAUAGAUCAGCUACAAUUUUAUCAUCUUCUGGUACUUUAUUAUUUUUAAGAGUCUGGAUUACAUACUAUAUCAUUUCUAAACUCGGGUUUAAUACUUCUAUUUCUGAUAUGUAAUAUACGGUAUCUUCUUGUUUGACUACUCCCAUUGUUGAAUCUCCGAUAAGGAAUUUUUUAAAGUACACUCUAAAUUCCUCGAUCAUAUUCUCCGGUUUGGUAAUUACAGUACCAAUAUUAUCUUCUAUAAUUUAUAUAAUAACUGGUGUAAAUCCAUUUUUGGAUUGUUUUGUAGCAUUUGAAAAAUUAUCUGGAGUUGUGAUUGAAGUUUUCAAUGUCUUCUAUCUUCUGAUUUUAUGCUAUGAUAUUCUACUUUUAAGUUUAGGUAGGGUAAGAUAAGUGGAGCACUAUAAAAUUCCACGUGCCGUGAUGCUAUAUAAAUGAUACUACUCCCUCUACUCAAACUUAUUAGUGGAUUAUAUCGACAACGGGUUGAUAAAAAUCAACAAGUAGGUAAUCGUUCCACUCCCAAAAAUAAGAGCAACAAAAAAUAAUGAUAAUGUUUCAUUUUAGAUCCCCUUUUAGAGUUUUGAACAAAUUCAAUACUUUGAAAAAUAAUGAAUAUUUUACAUUCAAUUAAUAAGUCUGAUAAUGGUUUUUACUUUUUAAAACAUAAUAAAAUUGACUCGAAAACCAUAGUAUUACAAAAAUAAUAAUAACUUAAUAUAAUUAAGGAUUAAAUAUUUAACUGGUUAAGUAAUUUUUUACUGCAGAAUGAUCAUCAUGAUAACGUCAUUAUUACUCAAAAUCAAAGAGAAGAUGAAUUCGCGACGGUAACGCGAGCACUUAUUUGGCGAUAUAUUUCUAUGAAACACCGGGAAAUGGACAACGAAGGUGUAACUGAAGACGAUGUUAAUGAAAUCAAGUCCGAACUUAGUACUAUGAAAUACGACUUCCUCGAAGUACUUCGAAAAAACGGUAUGGAAGUUCCUAGCGAUCAUCGUAAAAAUACCAGUAAGUAAUUUAUACUUAUUUAUUUAUAAAUAUUUAUACUUAUAUUUGUGUACAAUUUAACUAUCUGUGCUUCCAUAGUCUAUAUUAUAUUAUUGUAUUUUAUAGUUUAUACUAAUAUUAUAAAGAGGUAAAAUGUGUUUAUUUGUAUGUAGGGUAAUCUUUGGAACUACUAAACCGGUUAUAAAAAUUAUUUCACAAACAGAAAGCUACACUAUUCCUAAGUAAUAUAGGCUAUAUAUUAUUUUGAUAAAAAUAAAUUUUCAAUUUAAAAUCUUAAUAUUUAUAAAUCAAUUCAUAAGAAAUAACGUUGCUUGGCUGCUUUAUUGAUGUUUGCUGACCAAAUAGUUGGAUAUACGUGAAAAUAUUCGUGAUUUGUCAUCGGUAAAUUUAAAAGAAAAUUUAGCGACACAAUCUAACCUGUCUAUAAGGCACGCGUAAGGCGUAGAAAUAGGUAGAAUUAAUGGGGCGGGGAACGUUAUUUAUCAUAAAUGAAAAAGUUUGAAUGUUUGUGAUAUAAGUAGAAUAUGUUUUAGAUUAAUAAAUAGGACAUGUUUUAUCCCAAAAUUUAGCCAUUAAAGGGUAGCUGCUGAUAAAAAGUUUUUGGUAAUAUAGGAACGAAAACUGAAAUAGUUUUGUUCGUGUUGGGUUACUUUAGCAACACAUAUGAAAUAAAAAACAGUUAUUAUUAGUCAAUUUGGUUGUUACGGGCAAUAAUAUGUACCUUAAAAAAUCAGACUUUAAUAAUCCAAAAUUCAGAUUUACAAUAAUACAUUUUGAUUUUUAGAUUUCGAAAAUGUACAUUUUCGGACUUUCGGAUAGUUCAAUUUUUUCCUAUAAUUCAAACUUCAGUAAUAUUUUUUUACGCAGUACACGUUUGUUAUACUCUUUUGAUUUAUACGAAAUGUAUACACCUACAUUGUUACCUAGUUUAAUUUCAUUAAAGAUAAGAGAGUUGUGUAUCUAUUUUUAUUAUUUGUUAAUUGCAUGCAGAUAGCGCCUGUACGACGAAGGCAAUUGAAAAUGUAAUUUGUUUUAACUAUCAGUUUUUCUCUUAAGAAUUUUUUAAAAUAAUUAUUAUUGCAAAUUUCGUUCACUUUAUUAAUGAUACGCUUCAAAUAAAAACGAAAUCUUAGACCGAAAUACGUAUAUUAUUAUUAUUAUUACAUUAUACUCGGCGUUAACAAAGCAUUUUAUAACCACAAGAUAUUCCGCUCUGAUUCUGUAUUAUUUACAUAAUAAUUAGGCAAUCGGUAUUUAUUUCUAUAAAAUACAUUAUCAUACAUAAAUAUCAAUAAAAAAAAUUAAAAUAUUUUCCCUAAUCUUAAAAGGUUGGGUACUCGUUUCCCAGUAUUCAUCCCGAUUAAAUUUCAGAAAAAUAUUGUUUAAAAAUAAUAUUACCUAUACCUCUAAACAACCAUGUAAAUUAUGUACAUUGAUAUAAUUAUCAUAAUAGGUAUGUAUAUCUGAAACCCGCAAAUGCGAUCAUAAAUUCAAUUAUAGGUACCUAACAUUAUAUUAUAUUUGAUUCCAAGGGAGAAGGGCCUGAGUCAAUUCUUAAUCAUUUUCCCUUUGUUUUUUCUAAUUUUAAUUAAUGCAGUUUUUCCCCCUUCAAUUAGAGUAAAUCGACAUGGAUAACAAAUUUUAAAGUGGCGAAUAAUUUCGAGGAAACCAGGUGGCUUUUUUUCUUUUUAAAAUACCCCCUUAAUAAAAAAGAACUUUUUUUAAAAAUUAUAACUGUAGCUUUAAUGUUUGACAAUAUUUUAGAAAAAAAUCAAUGAGGCGCCAUUCGAAAAAUAUUUGAAUUAUUUAAAUUUUGUUACCAGAGUUUAAAUUCUGACGUUUUAACCUAAACGCCGUAAUUUUAAUAAUUCUACAAUGUUAUAGGUACGUAUACGUAAAUCGCCCGUCAAUCGGACUGAGACAGUAAAAACACGGAAAUUGUACGAACGAAAUAUAUUGUAAUAUUAUUAGGUACCUAUAUCUAUUUCUGAUGAUUCAGAAAAUAUUGACUACCUAUGCCAUAAUAUUAUAUGAGUUUUUAAUUGUUUUUAAUAUUUAUUAUAUUUUGUAUUAUAUUUCAUACACACGAGUAUAGGUAUCGGCUUACACCACGUGCACAACUCGAUUUUAUUUUAUAAAAACGAUUAAAAUAUGUUUUAUUGCAUACGGCGAUAUUUUAUUCGUACAUAAUAUUAUACAUACAUUAUAUAUUUUGUCUGUUGAAUUUUAUCACCCAAUUAUAUUUUAAAAACAAAACGAGCAUACGCAUAUUUGUAUUGCCGUAUUUGUUACCUAGCUACUCAAUAAAUUUCAGCCGUCUUCAAUAAUAUUUGGUCAAUGAUUAUUUUUUCAAUUCAAAUAAUAUUAUGCUUCGAGAUUAUUACCUGUUGUAUAUUAUUGGCAAUACUUGUCAACUCGUUAUUUCGGUACUCGGACUUUGAAUAAGAAAAUUGAUAUUUUUUUAAUAUUAUUAUUUUUAUUUUCUCUCGGUUAAAUGGUUAGAAAAAAUAAGAUAAUAAUUAUUAUUGUUUACGUAUGUAUAAUAUAUAUUUAUUUUCUAUUGAAUACAAUAAAGAGAACAGAGAAUAAAUUAGAGAAUUGGAAGAGUAGUCAUUUUUUUUUUUUAAAUAUUAAGACAAUGUAACCAUUCGAUUGUGGUCCGAGACUACCUAUUGUCAAAUGUUGGGUUCCGUUCGACAAAAAAAAGUUUCAAUUGGAUUAUUAUUGAAGGUAAAAUAUCGGAUGUACUGAUUAAAAAAUAAUGUAGUCCAUAAAGGUGACAUAUAAUGACGAAUGUAGGCGUAUAAAAAAAGUUACGCAACGCUGAAUAAUUUUCAAAAAAGCUUACCCUAUUUCCCCGUGCCCUUCAAACGUUUUAUAGCUAUACGAUAACGAAAUAAAAACUGUAAUAACAACCCACUUUAUUAGUUUACAAAUUGUUUGUAGAAAACAGCAAUAUAUAAAUUAAGCAGUUUUCUUUUGAUAUUAGACAUUUUUAUAAUAACCAGUUAUGUAUAAUAAUUCCUUUUUUUCCUAUGGUGAACUGCGUGUCGUAAGUUUCUUUUUUAUUUGUAUGUAUUAUUCGCAUGCACUCAAUACGUCACGAACCCAACGGAGAUAUGUUUAUAAUUUUUUUUAUCUAUAAAAAAAAAACGGCUGCAAGCAAUUUAAAAAAAAAAUGUGUAACGUUGCCAAAUAUUUUGUCCAAGUCAUUUUUAAUUAAAACAAAAAAUAACGCUCAGAAUCAAAAAAAAUGAAACAUAAAACAAAAAACAUAUUGAUUAAACCAAUAUGUUUAAUUUCUGCGAUGUAAAGACAUUUUGAUUAGAUACUAUAUUGUUAUGUACCUACUUGAGUAUAGUAUUCAUCCAUCAUUACUUAGUCGGGUUUUAUUAAAUAUCACGAAAUACCUAUAAUAAUAUAAAUAAAAUAUACCUAUAAUAACGGAAAAAAAUUGAAUAAAUUUAAUAAAUAAUUAAUUAUUUUACCGGAAAACGGUGAAUAUUAUUACAAAAAAAUGUUAUUUUAUCCGACGUGCGAUCUGGUGAUGGCUAGCCAAGAUGCAGGGCAUUCGAGCACAAAGUCGCGUCCAUUGUCGAAAAUAACUACUAUGACAAUUUUUAUAUUAGAAAUGUAUUUAUUUUUUUUUAAGUAUUUUAUUAAUACUUAGCUUUUUAAAUUUAAAAGAUUAUUGUGAAAAAUAAAAUAUACCGUCUAUGCGACAAAUAUUUUAAAACGUCUAGACAGAAUAUGUAUUUUUAGAUGAUGUGGUAACAUUUAGCUAAAAAUUUAAAAUAAUACAUAAUAAUAUAUUAUUAUGUUAGCCAAUAUUAUCACGUUUUGCUGAUUUUCUUUUUUUUGUGGCAUAAUCUUUAUUUCUUAAUGGACGCGUUAGCCAUCGUUAUACGCUCCAUUUUUCUCUUUCCUAAACUAUUUUAUUUGUUUGAGUUUUUCCAUUCCCGUUUUACAUUAUGAUAGCCAUCAACUGUAUAAGACUUAGAUCUUUUCUCUUCUCUUGAAUAUAAUUCGUUUUUAUGUUUCGUAUUUAUCGCCACUGAUAAAAUGUCGAAAUAAGAUACCUGCAUGUGAGUUAUAUUGUGUUAAUUCAAUUUUUUUCCUUUCAGUGGUGGUUUUAUGGGAGAGGACGAUAGAUUGAAUAAUGCCCCUUGCGCUGUGACUUCUAACAAUUUUAUUUUUAUUUUUUACCUAAGGAAAAUAAGGACAAUUUUUUUACGUUGUUUAAAACUUAAAUAUAUUUUUGUUUAUGAUUUGUAAUAGCACUGAUAACGGAGGGCGAGAGAUUAUUAUUUAUUUAUUUAGUAGUAUACGAUAUGAAUUAAAUACUUUUGUUCUCUUUUAAGUAGUGUGGCUUUUUGGAAGUUUAUUUAAGUUUUUUUUUCUUGGGUAAUUGGGGGGGGGUAUAAAGUAAUUUUGAAAAUUUAACUAUUCUCGUCUUACCUCCCGUUGAACUUAAAUUAUCACCACCACUGUUUCCUUUCCUAUAUACAAUGCAUGCCAACACAUUCUUGUUUUUUACAUGAUAAUUACUACUGACGAAUUUGUCAUUUAAGUAAUUCAGCGUAUUAUAGUAAAAUAUAAUUGACUUGUACGUUAAUUUUAGAUUUUUCACAGAGAAUUUUUUUAUGAUUUUCGGAGAAAAAAAAUUAUAAUUUACUCUUGUACAACAACUUCAUAAAAAUUUACUCCGAGUGAUGUUUUGAAAGUGUUCUGCAUAUUAUUAGCUUUUAUUCGGCUAGUAAAAAACAAUUGGACAUUUAUAGGUCUUAUUUAUUAAUCAUUAGUGAUUUAUUAUUACUAUUCAUAAUUUGCAAACGAUUAAUCUAACCUAACAGUAUAGAUGACCCAGAAAUCAUGACCAGUUUGGGAUACAGCUGUAUAAAAUAAGUUCUGACGAGUAUAAAUGAUAUAUUCAAUUUUGAAUAACGAUCUUCGUUGUUUUCACCUGAACAUUUUUAUUUGAGGCCGUUUGUAUUUAUUUACGUAUCAAAUAUGUCGUACACGGAUAUCUAUAGAUCGAAUAUUUAAUGCGGUGCGAUGCGAUUUGCUUGGUGGACUUUAUUCACGAACAAAUUAUGAAACUAAAUUUACAGUGCCGAUUAUUUUAUCAGAGUAUAAUAAGUUAUUACAAAACAUCUUAGAAUCAUUCGGCAGACGUAAUCACACGCACGUGCGGGCAACCAGUUACAGAUAAUGUCGUGUAUUAUCUUUUGUAAAUUCUAAUUUGUUACGUGAAAUAUAAAAUGUAAAAUAACGUGUUUUAGUAUACAAUAAUUUAAAGUAGAAGACCAUUUUGUGGGAGGAAUAUUAUGGAAAAGUCGUCCACUAGUGGUAGACGAGCAUUUUUGUUUUUAGUUUAUAUCAGUGAUUUUCAACAUUUUUACGAAUCACGAACCUCUAUUUUUUUUUCUGUAAAAAUAAAAAUUCAUAUUAAUUGUUUAAUAGAACUUAAGUAUUAGGAUGUACAUAAUGAUACUUAAAAGUUAUUACCUAUUGUGCUGGUGACGCUUUAACUAUCUGGUUCAGAAACACUGGUUGCCACUAUACCACUAACGGAAUUGGUAAUUUUAAAGGUUUUUCAUGUAGCGUCAAAUUUAAAGACCACUGUGGAAAAACUUAAGGAGCUACUUAAACAAACGAAAAUCUGACCAACCAAAUAAAAUUGUUUGUUACAUGAUGAAUUGACAAUUUUCCGAUAAAUAUCAAAUUUCACGAGACUUUAAAUACUUGCCAGUACUUACCAGACAAAAUUUCGUACUGCUAAUAUUAUACCUAAUAGGCAUUUUUUAGGCUGCAGUUAAUGAUUAAUUGCAGACAUACACUUGUAUUUCAACUCCAUGGCAUUUUNAAUAUUAUACCUAAUAGGCAUUUUUUAGGCUGCAGUUAAUACUUUAUUUCAGACAUACACUUGUAUUUCAACUCCAUGGCAUUUUUUCACGGUAAUAUAUUGAUGUUUAUAUUAAAUGAUAUGAUUGUAUUAAAAUACAUGGAUAUCUAUCAAUAUUGUUUAAUAUAUUUGAGUACUGUAAAACUUGUAAACUAUUAAAUCACACUAGUUUGUUAACUUUUACGUAGUAUGGUUUUAUCUCUCGAAUUUGAAAUAACAAAAAAAUUUAAAUUUUCGUAUGAAACAUGGUGGCAUAAACGUAAAUAUCACAAUUUGAAUAAAAACAAUCUAUCAGCAAUAUUGUUAAUAAUUUGAAUACUUUGAAAAAUAAAUGAAAAGAUUUACAAAGAUGAUGGUGAAUGGACAUCCAAUUCGUGAAAAAAUUACACUAUCCUGAAAAUCUAUUUUAUAUUGUAUAUACAAAAAAAAUAUCAAAAUUUAAUUUGAUAUAGGUGCAGAUAAACAUAAAGUCUCGAAAUGUCGAAAUUUAUCCAAAAAUUAUCAAUAAUUGUUAUGGAUUAUUACGUGAAAAAUAAUUUCGUUAAGAUUUUAACGCGUUAAAAAAUUAAACUGAUAAGUUUUGACACGGUGAUGGUGACAUAGUUUGAUGUUUGAAUCUGCAGCAUCCGUCUCGAAUCGCUGAAGAAAGAUAAUUUUUGAAUGUAUUAUACCUCGUAUAAAUAUAACAAUAUCUUAUAUAUAUAUAUAUUAUAUAAAAAAAAUUCGGUUCUAUUUUUAGCGUCCGCCAUUGUUCUUUACAACCGACUUUCGAUUAUUGUCAUUGUUAUAUGGUGAACAAAACUUCAAUUAAAUACGAGUACACGUUAUUGUAUAUGAAAUUAUUAUUUGUAUACGUUAAAGUUAUACCGUAAAGUGAAAACAUUAUAAUAUACAACGUAAUAGAAAUUCUGACAGAUUCAAUAUAAAUGUAUGGAUUUAUAAAACACGAACAAUAUGCAGGGUAAAUUUAAGAUAUCGCGAUGUCCGUAGGGCCACAUGUGAUAACAAUUUUAAUAUGUCUUCAGUGGCGAAAAAAUCUAGAAUUCAUCAAUGAAGGGAGAAGGGGUGAUUAGAGGAGUUUAAGGGGGUUAAAUGGUCUACAAUCAUCUUAAAUUUAUCUAUAGCUAAAAAAGCGAAAUGUAGGGAGGGGGGGUUACAACAUUCAACCCACCCCAUGGCUACGUCAAAUUUACGUUCAGCAGGAAGAAAAACCCAAUUAUGAGGCAAACAUAGUUAACGAAGAAAAAUCGUAGAAAGUUUUGUGUGUGAUGUACAAUACUUUAUGGUACAGAAACCUGGAUGAUACUCAAAGCAGAAACAAACAGAAUCGAAGCGUUUAAAAUAUAGUGCUGAAGAAGAACACUGAAAAUUAAUUGGACAGAGAAAGUUAAAAAUGAAUAUUUACCUAUACUGUAGAGAUUUAUAUGAAAAACAAUGAUGGAGAAAAGAUAGAUCGAAAAAAGAGAUGGAGAAGCUGGAAGAUGUAGAUAAAGAACUCCAUUUAUAAAAUAGAUACCCUUAAACAUACAUAUUUUCGACAAGUGGUACUUUUUUUGAAAACUGUUUUCUAGAUUAUCCAUUAAUUAAAACUUAAACAAAAAUUGAAAACAAAUGACGAUACAUUGGUUUUAUAUUAGUUGAUAUUUUUUUUUCUCGUAGCCUAGGUAAACGAGAGAAAAUAUAUCGAGAUACCGAUAAACGUGUUAUUCAAAAUACAUUUCUACUGUUAAUAAUUUCAAUACGUUUACGUAGAAAGGGUUAGAGGAUGGAGGCGGUGGGUGGAGGUAAGUCGAGUUAGAGCUUCAUUGUGUCAACAUACUUGACGACUCAUCGAAACGUAUUUGUCUUUCCCGGGAUGGCUGCUGACUGCGUUUUGAAUUUUAUUUAGUACAAAGAAAAUUUAUUGUGUGAUCUCAAAGAACGUAAAUAGAAAAAUGCAUGUGCGUCGAAAAAAUUAUGAUACGAAUGACCGGAUGUGAUGGGUAUUACAUAGAUUAUAUACGCAUACGCGUAUAAAUGUAAUAGUAUAAGUGUUAUCUGUGCCGUAUCUGGAGCUCAAUCAAAGAGGGAGGGGGAAGAGUUUAAAAAUUUAAAUACUCACAAAAUAUCGUAAGAGGUUUCCUCGUUCCAAAAAAAAACAUCAAUUAUAAUAUUUUCUCGUCAAUUAAAAAUAAUAGUUUAUAGGUAUAAACUAUAGGUGUUAUACAAAAAAAUAAUAUGGACAUACACCGCACUAUGGGUGGGCAUUUUUUUUCCUACAUUUUUCCUGUUUUUUUCAAUUUAUUGGGAACACUCCUGGGAAAAUCAAGAAAUUACCUUCUUAAAGUACCACCUCAGGAAAAUUCCCUUGGUGAUAUACUUAAUACUUCAGAGCAAGAUUUUUCGUAGAAUUUUUGUACACAGUAUAAAAAAAUAAAAAAAAUUAACAUCACUGUAAAUUAAUACAUUCCUCGGUCUACUCAGAAUCUAAAAAAAAAUUAAAUUCUGUUAUUUUUAACUACCCAUAAUUAUGCAACAAGCCGUUAUCGCAUUCGUUAAAUGAUUUUUAUUACUAUGGUUCAUUAAUUGUACACUUUAUUUUCUGAACUUUAAAAAAUUACUAAAAAUCAUAAAUUUAAUGAAAAUUAAAAUUGAUACAUUAAUAUUAUCAAAACUAAAAACCCAACAAGUAUAAAUGGCUAUCUUUAAAUUUUUAAAAAUAAUAAAACAAACAAGUUACUUUUUUAAGUUUUUUACUAAAACAUAAAAAAGUCAAUUGAAAUAUAAAUGUUUGUAGUUCUUAUCCCUGUGAAUAAAAUCUUCGUAGAACACGCUAUAUAAUGUACAUAGUAUACAUAUUCAUAUAUGUAUAGUAUAUAUAUAUAUAUAUAUUUAUAUCAGACAAUUGUAUAAAAAAUAUUUACAAUUUUAAAGCAAUAUUAAUCUCUUUUUCCUCUGCGGCAAAACGAUCUAUGACCACAACUUGGACAUCCGCGUGGAUAUUUCUAUAUAUUAUUGACACAAAGCGCCCUAUAUUAUUAUUACUAAUUUUUGGUAACGCUGAUAAAAAGACCCUUGAAAUAAUAAAUAUCACGGGUAUAAAUACUGUAUUAUUUUAUUACCUAUAGGCUAUAGCCGUGAUUCAAAAAAUCACAGCUAAAAAAUUCUAAGGAGGGGGCGAUUCACUCAAUAUCCUCUCCUAAAAUAUGCCAUUGCGUAUUAUAAUAUUAUUUAAAGAUUUAUUUUUUCUUAAAUUAGUAUUCUAUUCUAAUAACAUCAUUUAAAUGAUUAAUUAUCUGUAUGAAACCUUGAAAUAAUGCAUAACAAUCGGUUUAACAAUAUAUUUAAGAAACUCGUACAUAUCACAAAAAUAUUUAAACUAUAUCGUAAGUAAGCAGUUAAAAAUGCAUAUUACACUUUUAAAUCGAAAUUUAUCAAAAAAUACGUUUCACACAGUUAUAUUCAGAAUCAUUUUGUUCAAUACAAUUUUAUUUGAAAUGAUUUACCAUUGUGAGUAUUGUAAAAACCAAACCACCCUAUACAUGGAUAUAAUAUUAGAGUGACCAACAGUUUUUUUUUUCUUAGGCGUAAGUUUAUAUUUUAUUUGUUACAAGUGUAAUAAUAAUAAAUGAUAUUGAUGACUUCGAUGAUAUUGCGUUAUUCAACUAAAAUCGCUAUUCACAAACUGGCUUUUUUUUUUCGUGAAUUAAGAUUCGAUGUUAUUGUAACCUUCUUCUCGUCGGGGGGAUUUUACCCUCUCGUUCUAUCCUAACACUUCGUGGUUUAUCAUCGAACAUUUAGGUUUUAGGCUUAUGUACUGAGAGAUUAUCGUUCCGAACGGUCGUGAUCAAGUACGUGGUUUAGUACGUUCUUACACAAAUAAUACGCGCAUUUAACAUGUACUCUAACUGGUUAUUAUAAAUAUAAGUAUAGGUGUUAAACCAACAAAUUCGGUUCCCGAACGUAUAACUAUUAAUUUUUCGGGUACAAAUUGAGUUUGGUAUCCGAACGCCUUGCGUCCUAAACUGAACUGACACUAGUUCAUACUAGUGCAUAGAUAAUCGCGGUAUUAUUUAAUAAUAUAUUUUUAUUUUUUUUAUCGUUUUUAGUGAACAAAAAAUCUAAAGUCUGGGAACGUCGAUUGAUGUCGGACUUUUACGUGGCGCCAGUGUUUCCGGGAGGCGGUUCCGACCGUAUGUGCGUUAGUAGUAACACCAACACGGCCGCCGAACACCAGCGGCCCAUCGACCGGUUCAGAAACGCGGUCAGAAUGGUGGCGGCUCAAUCGACGUCCGGCAGAUGGCGGAACACCAUACGCGGCGUGUACCAAAAGUGAGUGUACCUAAAUAUGUCUCGACGACGUGAUAGAAAAAUCACCUUAAAGGCGCCGAGGUAAUAACACACUCGAACACGACUUAUCGGCGACGACGCGUUUUUAAUUGUGUUGCAGCUCGCCGAUAGGCACCACGGCCAGGCCCGACUCGUUCGUCAACAAGCUGAACCUUCAGUGGGCCAUGAACGAGGUGUGCACCAUGCGGGAGAAACAGUCCGACACGCCAACGCCUCCGACCACGCCCGUCGAUUGCGCUAGGCCGUCGUACCCGUUCCAGCUGCCGGGGCGCCGGAGCACUUUGCGUGCGCUCAUCGACGAGUUCCGCCGGUCCGAGCAAGAACAUCGGUCCGACAGUGGCGGCGGCGGCGGCGCACCGUCUUGGAUGGCCGGCUCCGCAGCUAUGGCACCGGGGCAGCUGUUGAAAGCGCCGCGGUCGUCGCAACGUAAUCUGUGGCGUGAUACCGCGGAGAGCGUCAUGAAAAAGAGCGCGUCCGUCUGGUACGCCACCCCGCCGGCGCCCGACAGACCACUGGUGUCCCGGAUGAGCAUGCCCAACAUGGGUUUCCGGUUCCCCGAACGUCAGCAACACAUCUGCAGUCCAUCCGUCGUCGUCGAACGGAUACCGGAAGAACACAAUUGAUAUCAUGCACCGAUGCAACGACACGCAAUUCAAUUCCUGCAGUGGUUGGCAUGACGUUCGUAAACUCCCGGGGAAUUAUCGUUUUAUUCAGUAUUUGAAAUAAAUUACACUCUAUAUUAUCCGAUACGUUCCCCACUUCCCACCGAUACCAGAAGAUAAGUCAUCGGAACUUCAGUAUACUUUCUUUUUCCAAUCCCCAUAACCGGCCUUAGGACGAUUUGAUUAUCGUGUAUUCCAUUGCUUCUUCGGAGAUUCAGGUUAUCGUGACUGAACCCGAAGAAAAAAUUUAAAAAUUGUUUUCAAUUUAAUCGUACGCUAGGGUUUGGUUGUUUUUUCGAGUCUAUAUAUAUAUAUACUGUUUAUUCGUAAAAAAACAUAUUCUGUUUUAUCCUACUUGUAUGGUAUAGGAUCGUAUGACUUAUUUGGUCAGAUGAUAAGUGUUACACUUGUUUGUUAAGGCGGUGUAUACGCUAUAACAUUUCCACGACAAAAACUUUGUACGACUUGCUGAUUUCAAUAUUUCAUAUUAAAGUUAUUUUUUAUUUUAAAUAUAGUGUACAUUUUUUAUUUGAAAAAUAAUUUUAUUUUAAUCAAUAUUAUAUUAGUAUAUAUAUCUUUACAAUAAAAACAGUAUUAAAAUACUUGUCUUAAGACUGAAGAUUGAACUGAUCGUGUUUGUGUUUGGCGAGUUGACGGAAGCAAGUUUUUAUUCAAAAUAUUUGUUAGUUAUUAGAACCAGUGGCGGAUAUAGGAUUUUGUUUCGAUUGAAUAUAUCACUUCUUAGGGUUUUUUUUUGUAUUCUAUUAUCUAC